AGGCGAGUGGUCGGAGCCAAUCAAGUUCCAGAGCAAGGAUGCGCGUGCCUCCAGCAACCCUACUCUUGAAGCAGGUGAGACCAUGUCCAUUGGAGGAAUCCCGACAGAUAGCUGGGUCCUGGGCGUGAAGGAGACGAGCCUGCAGCCCUUACUCUCCUUCCGAGUCCCUGCGGAGGCUGAAGAAGAAGAGACCAGGUGGUCGAAUCAGGUGGCGCUCUCAGCUGUCGGUGAUAGCGUGCUUGCCCUGCCACAUCUGGUGGGUGAGCAGCCAUUGCUGGUGAGAGCCUCCAUCCAGUUGGAGGGUGCGAUGCUGUUCUUGGUCCUCUCCAGGGGAUAUUGGCCCUUUGAGAUUGAGAAUCGCUCAAAUCGACACUCAGUGGUCUUCCACCAAGAGGGCACCGACUUCAGCCAGGAGUGGAUCUUGCGACCCUGCGAGGUGCGUCGCUUUGUUUUCCCAGACCCUGAGAAGCCCAAGACCCUCGAAGGGCGUAUCUUGGGAGCAGGGCAAGAGCUCGUGUGGGCACUCAGGAAAUACAGCGGUGGCAGGUUCAAAGCGUCGAAGAAAAAGAACUCCGGCUGAGCCCAGCUAGGCUUGUUGCCUUUCUUCCAUGGUUUGCUUGAGGUCUUCC